AUGUCUUUGGACGUGUCCAAGAUUGGGCGCAAAACCUUCAUUAGCCAAAACGCAUUGGCUGAGGUGCUGCAGGCAGUUAAGGAAUCCGGUGCGUUGCCUCAACACACAUCCAGAUCCACGGUGAAACGACGCAGAGAUGAGGCGGUGAACGUGGACACUCCAUAUGGGCAUUUGCUGCAAGUCUUUGAAGUUGAAAAGGACGACGGCUCCAAGCUGUCAUUGUCAUACGUGAAUCCAGCUGCGCUACUGCACCAUGCUUCCAAAGAAUGUCCUCGAAUGCAAAGCCUCUUCAAAGCUGCAAUGGAACAGUUUCCAAAUGACGUUAGGCACAAAUGGACCCUCAUGUUGUAUAUGGACCAGGUGAGCCCUGGCAACCAAUUGAAAGUGCACAAUAGACGCAAGCUGCAGUGCAUCUAUUUCUCUGUCAAGGAGUUCGGUGGUUUCAACUUGGCGCAAGAACACGCAUGGUGCGUGCUAACCUGUGUGCGAACAGAUGUUGCUAACCAACUGAAGGGAGGCGUGUCCCAAUUGUUCAAGGCAUGCAUCAAGCUGUUCUUUGGUGACGCGUGCAACUUUGAGCAUGGUAUCCAAGUGUGGGUUGGCAACACGAGCCACGUUCUGUGUUUUUCACUUGGUUACAUCGUCGCGGACGAAGCAGCUUUGAAACAAGCCUUUGACUGCAAAGGCGCAUCAGGCAAGAUGCUUUGUAUGAGCUGCCAAACAACAGUGUCCCGAAGGUACGCGCCUCAUCCACUUGGACGCUUCAUUCUGCAUACUGAGCACGAUAGCUCCAAAUUUGUUCUGCACUCCGACAGAAGUGUGUGGCAAAUAGUGGAUCACUUACAUGGGUUGGCUGCAGUCUUGCCAAACGGGCAGUUCAAGGAUGAGGAGAUGCGGCUGGGGUUCAAUUAUUGUCCAUCGGGCGCGCUGCUGGAUGUUCAGCUGAGAGAAACACUUAAGCCAAUCACUCAAAUGUGUUAUGACCCCAUGCAUGUCUACAUGGUGGCUGGGAUAUGGCACAAAGAGGUGAACUUGUUGCUAGACCUCUUGCGUCGGCAUGGCUACAGGCAAGCUCAAUUGCAUCAGUUUUGCGGGUCGUUCAUCUGGCCACACAUUCAUGGUGGCGCCUCAUGUCCGGCGCGGCUAGUGUUCCAAAAGAAGAGAGAUGCUGACUCAGACUUCAAGUGUGGAAGCGCUGAGACAUUUGCCAUCUACCCUGUGAUCCGUGCAUUUGUCCAGCACGUGGUCCAGGAUGCCCCUGAAGAAUUGCAGCUGGGUCUGAACUCCUAUUUGCGUUGUUGUGAUGUACUUGACAAUUUGAAGCAUGCCGUCUCGAGCUCCACACGGCUUCUCUUCUGUAGUGUGGGCACCUGGAGCGGUGAGCGGUCUCUGUGCCUGAAAGUCAAGCG